UUUGCUACAAAGUUAAGGCGACACUUUCAUUCAGACAGUUUUAUGCAAUGUAAACGACCCUUUCAUACAAAAAAUGGCUACAAGUGUAUUUUGCGAUUCCACUAAUUUGAAGGAAUCAAUUCAGUAUGUUAAUUACAGUUUAAGAGAAAAAGGCUUUCUGCAAAAGGAAAAAAUACGGUUUUCAGACGAUGUGAAAGACAAAUGUCAAGUCGUAAAUGUUUUGUAUCAACUACUAAGGAAAAACGAUGCUGAUGUUCAAGAAAAGGAAAAGCUAUUAGAAAGGAUUCAAACUGAUUCUAUUGAACAUGAAAGGAAUGUAGAAUUGUCAAAACGGUUGCAGCGAAAUUUGGACACAAGUUUAAAGGAAAAACGAGCCCAAGAGGAUAAAACCAGCAUGUUGGAAAAGGAGAAUAAAUUUUUGAAAAGAGAGAAUAAACAUAUAAUGAAUUCUCUGGAUAAAAAGAACCAGAUUGAAAAGGCUAUGAAAGCAGAAUUGUCAAUGUCACUAAAGAAACGGGAGCAGCAGAUGGAAUCAUUGCGAGGAAAUUAUGAUUCAGUCAAACGACGGAAAGGAAAUACCUCAUAUUGUACUUUGAUUAUCAAGGAGCCCCAAAAAUCGCAUGCAAACGCACCUAUUUUACCAGAAACGUAUUCUACUGAAGAAAAUGAAAUGCACAAAAUUACAGCUAAUGAAGAUUACGAAGGAGCAUCUAUGUUUUUCCAAAAUACAAAGAAUCAAAAUCAAAAGCUACAAAGGUGCUUAAACGAUACAGUUUCAUCAUUAGAAACCUUACUUCGUCCGCUUUAUCAAACGUAUCCAGACCCAUUUAUUAAAUACUAUGAACAAAAUGCAGUCGUUUUAGACGCGAAGUUGCAGAACCAGAUACGUCUUGUCGAAUAUCUGUUAUGUCAGGAAAGAUAUGUGUCCGUGGAGGAUCUGGAAUCAUUAACGGAUGAGUUAGAGAAGGUUUUGAAGUAUACAAAAAAGCUUGAGGAAGAAAAUAAGAAUCUUGUGGAUGGCCUAGCUCGGGGUUAUGUGCUUUUUUCUGACCAACUGAAUGUUAAGCAAUCGAUAAACUAAAAACGAGAAGCCAUUUCAUCUGGAUAGAUGACCCAACUCGAAAAUUACUAAUAAUUAAUUUUCAUGGAAUUACUCCGAAUAAUCGAAAUAUGUAUAAUAAUCAUAUGAACCAUAACUAAGGUAUUACCAAUUACAAUAAUUUCUAGCUGGUAACCUGGAGACGUGUAUUUAUAUUAAUUUUAUUUCUUUUGAAUAACAUAAUAUGUUUAUCAAUUUAUGGAAAAGAAGUUGCUUUUGAAGAAUCAUUCACCAUCCUUAGUGUUCAGGUUUUUACACAUGGGAUAAACCGUUUUUGAGUACUCUUAUAUAUUUAGAAUAGAAAUGAAAUACUAAUAUUUGAAAGCA